CCGCCCCGGCCCCGGCCCCGGCCCCGGCGGGGACCCGGCCCCCGGCCCGCGGCGGCCGCCUCUGCGCGGGUCCGGCCCGGCCCGCGGGGGAUGUGCUUCCCCGCCAACUUCGCCGCGACUUUUCUUUGAUCCGAUGGUUUGAGCCGGCGAGGAGAGCCGUGCGCGGCGGCGGGCACCGCGCGCGCCCCCCACGUGGGCACCGCCUGCGUCCCGGGGUCCCGAGCGCGCGCGCCCGGGGCAUGAGCGUCCCGCCGGCCCGGGGCCGGACCUGAGCACCCGCACCCCGCGCCCCGGCCCCGUCGGACCGACCCCCGGCGACAUGGAUAAGUACGACGACCUGGGCCUGGAGGCCAGCAAGUUCAUCGAGGACCUGAACAUGUACGAGGCUUCCAAGGACGGACUUUUCCGCGUGGACAAGGGGGCGGGCAACAACCCCGAGUUCGAGGAGACGCGCAGGGUGUUUGCCACCAAGAUGGCCAAGAUCCACCUCCAGCAGCAGCAGCAGCAGCGCCUGCAGGAGGAGAGCCUGGCCCGGGGCAGCUGCGGCCCGGCCAACGGCGGGGGCCGCCCGGGCAGCAGGCCUGCUCGGGACGGUGCGGCCAAGCCCCCUCUGGCCGCCUCCACCGGGGCCCCAGGGAUGGCGUCGGUGGGCUCCGCGGGGCCGCCCGUGCACCCAGCGCCACCCAGACCCUUCCUCCGGGGCGCCCGGCUGGGCAGCCAGGACUGCAUUUCCCAGGAGGGUCCUGUCCCCCGCCCGGGUCCCUGCGAGGAUCCCGCCUGCCUGACCCACGGGGACUACUACGACAACGUCUCCUUGGCAAGUCCCAAGUGGAGCACAGAACCUGGAGUGCCCCCUGGCAUCAGGGCGGGAGGCGGCCAGUGGCCUCGCCCUGGAGGGAUUGACCCCCCACCACCCGCACCCUCCAGGGACCACCCUGUGUACCAGCCACAGCCCUUGCUGAGCUCUGGCCGGGGGUUUGAGAGUGGCCACGAUGGGGCCGUGGGGGGCCUGUGGGCCACUGCCUCCUCCCAGAGGGUCAGCACCCGUCUGCCUUACCCAGGCCCCGAGAACGGGGCCCCCCUAGGGCCUGCUCAGACCCGGACUGCAUCUUUCGCAGCCCCCGAGGCUCCAAGAGGGAAUCCACGAACGGUCUCAGGGCCGGGAAGGGAUGUGCCAGGCCUGAUGUCCAAACCCUCCGUGGACCCUCCGCCUUGGUUCCAGGAUGGGCCCAAAUCUUACCAUUCCAGCCCGGCGGCAUCCUUGGUGGCACGAGCUGACAGUCUGCAGGCGGAUGGAGCCCCAGGGCCGGGCAGCACAGACCCUGGCAUUGGGCCCAAGCUCAGCUCUGCCAGCCUGGUCCAUCCAGCGAUGGGUACCCCGCCAGAGCUGUCGGGUAAGGAAGGGCCCCCAGGCAGGUCCCCGGAUGGCAGCUUGGGACCUGUGCUCCCCGAGGGUGCCAGCCCCCCCAGAGUGAAGCUGCCCUGCCAGACCCUCGCCCCCCCAGGCCCGGAGCUUGGGCCCUCGGCCGCCGAAUUGAAGUUAGAAGCCCUCACCCAGCGACUGGAGCGGGAGAUGGACGCCCACCCCAAGGCCGAUUACUUUGGAGCCUGUGUGAAGUGCAACAAAGGGGUGUUCGGGGCCGGCCAGGCCUGCCAGGCCAUGGGGAGCCUAUACCACGACGCCUGCUUCACCUGUGCGGCCUGCAGCCGGAAGCUGAGAGGAAAAGCCUUUUAUUUUGUCAACGGCAAGGUGUUCUGCGAGGAAGACUUCCUGUACUCCGGCUUCCAGCAGUCGGCCGACAGGUGUUUCCUCUGUGGCCACCUGAUCAUGGACAUGAUCUUGCAGGCCCUGGGGAAGUCCUACCACCCCGGCUGCUUCCGCUGUGUCAUCUGCAACGAGUGUUUGGAUGGGGUGCCCUUCACCGUGGACUCCGAGAACAAGAUCUAUUGCGUCCGGGACUACCACAAGGUGCUGGCUCCCAAGUGUGCAGCCUGUGGCCUCCCCAUCCUCCCCCCAGAGGGCUCCGAUGAGACCAUUCGCGUGGUGUCCAUGGACCGAGACUUCCACGUGGACUGCUACCACUGUGAGGACUGUGGUCUCGAGCUCAACGAUGAGGAUGGUCAUCGAUGCUACCCGCUGGAAGAUCACCUCUUCUGUCACUCCUGUCAUGUCAAGAGGCUGGAGAAAGGGCCCUCACCCUCAGCCCCAGCCCAGCACCGCUUUUAGCAGUGGGGGAUGGGAAGCCGGGCUGCAGGGGGGCACGAGAGAAGCCUGCCCAUUAGUUCGAGGGACCCCGGGCCUGGAGAGAGGAGGGGCGGGCGGCAGGAGAGCAUUCGGUGCCUCUGACCUGCUUAGAUCCUUGGUUGGCAUAUCCGCCCGGUGCCUUUCUCUCCCCCGCCACGCCUCCCUCGGAUUACUCAGGAAGAUGCCCCCGGCAAGUAGGUGACAUCUGACAGGUGGUUGCUUCAGGGGUGACCCGCUUGUCCUCUCUGGAAACUGCUCCCACUUCAGAGGGAGAAAGGUGGCCGGGAGUGCUUUCACCAUAUCCUCUGAAGAGCAGCAGCUGCGGACAGGACACGUCUAGCCUUGGUCUCUCCCCUGAGGACAGGCCCACGUCCAGGCCCCAUGAUCUGAGACAUCUUCUAAUGCAGCCCCGAGGCUGCAUGAUUGCAGGGGUGUUCAGACUCCCUGUGCUUUGGAAGCUGUGGAGUUCACUAACUUGGUAAACAAGGGCUGAGUUCUGACCUGCGUGAGACCAGGGAUUCCUCCUCGUACCCUGACGUCAUUCUCUAAUGCCCCUUCCAGCCUCUGCUCACUGAAAGACCGCUGGCUGGGGGCCUGACAGAGACUCGCCCCCAGGGUAGCCAAGAGUGCUCUGGGGGCAAGAACCUGGUGCAGGCAUCAGGCUUUUUUUUUUUUCCGUGUGUGUGUGUGUGUGUGUGUGUGUGUGUGUGUGUGUGUGUGUGUGUGUGGUGGUGGUGGUGGUGGUGGUGGUGGUGGUGAUGGUCCCUGCUGAAGCUCUUCAGAGUCUGUGACUUUGGAGUCCUCCUGAGGAGAGUCACAGGACCCUGUGUGGGGACAUCCCGCACACCCCUGUUCACUGACUUCUUCACAAUGAGCUUCUGGCCACAGCCCAAGAGCUUGCCCCUUGUAAAGGAGUGUGUGUGUGUGUGUGUGUGUGAGAUCUCACGGGCAUGGAGGGCGCACCUCAGGAUAAGUUAUUCUGUUCAUGUCACAGGUUUCUCUCUUGUCCAGCUCUUGGCACAGGCACUGUGUCUGGAGAAAACCAGUAUAAGGUACAUUGCUUUCUUCUGGGUUUUCUUUGUCCUUCUUCUGUUUGGAAAAAAAUAAAAUGGUUCCCUCCACUUUCAGUCUGACACACACACACACACACACACACACACACACACACACGCACGCACACAGACACACACACAAAUACCUCACAGACAAGAGUGUCACCAAAUGGCAAGUUGAGGCAGAGCGCAGCCACCGCGCUGUAACAGAUACGGUCCUGGGUGUGUUUGGGGUCUCUGGCUUCACCUAGGCCAGACCCAGAGGCUCAGAGCUCUGGAACCCUCGCUAAAAGUCUGCUGGGAUUCGGGCCAGCUGGCCCUGGGUGCCUUUGUCAUAUGCAUUUCAUCACACUUAGCAAGGGCUUACAGAGGGCCACAGGUUGGCCGGCUUUCAACUCCCCCCUCAGCACAAAACUUGAACUCUGUGUCCUUUUGAGGCCAGAGGCCUCCCCCUCCUGGGCCUUUCCAGAAGGAGGCCUGUAAGAAGAGAUUGACCAGCAUUUAGCCUAUGGGCAGGACCCUGGGGCUUUGUCUCAGAGUGGGGUUCGGAGCCAGUGCACCACUGCCUACUGGGCUCGCGGCCUGGCACCAAGUCUCUGCUUCCUCCCUUCCUAUCCGGUGAGAGUCCAGCCUGGCCAGGCCUCAGCCGGUGCCAGUGGAGCCAGAGGCACAGGAGUCUCCCUGACUUUCCACAGCAGCCAGCUCUGUCCCCAGACCGUGUUUGGCCUCGGUAGGGUAGCAGGUGCCCGGAAGAAGCACACCUGUGGCGCCAUGGGUUACCUUUUCCUUUGUGAUGAAACUCACCCUAUUGUGUUACGAAACUCAUGCCACUGUUACGUCAGCCAGGGUUAUGGGCUUUCAGCUGACUAUGAGUGGGGAAGUCACCUGAGAACCCGUGAACACAGAGGGCUGUGCGUGUACGCCCCGGGCCGGUGCCUUCCUCUCGAGUCUUCCGCCUCCGCUGUGGCAAGGUUGGCAGGCACAGGAAGCCGGGCAGGAGGGCUUCACCUGUCUGCACCUGAGGAUGAUUUCCAACCUUGGCUUGUGGAUACACCGUUGCUCACCUUUUAAGUGCAACAGAGGGAAGCCGGUGACCCGGUGCCACCGCCGGAGUAGCAGGGACUGGCUUGUGGAUGGAGGAAUGAACGAAAGUGUGGGAUUCAUUUUUCCAGUGAGAAUUCAAAAGUGGCCUUGGAUGAAGGUGAGUCAGCAAAACGUUGCAAACAUGGCAUUUGUCCUGUUGGAGACGGACGUGAAGAGAAUGGCCAAAUGCCCAGAACUCCCAGAAUCAGCUUCUGUUGUCAGAGGACUCUGCACCCAUUUUCUCUCUUCCCCGGACUCCUCACAGAAGCCAUCUGUUCUUCUAAACGCCCUAUGACUUAUUAGCCACAUAGAGCUAUAAUGGGGUUGUACUUGUAGGUACAUAGAAAGCACAAGGCCAGGCUUAAUAAACGUAUUUUAAAAAGACCUCCUUUGACAUUUCCACGUUGAGAUAAAAUGAGAACCGUGACCUAACCCCCAAAGCCGGCCUUCAGCUCUGUCUCUCACCUCCUUUUGUACCUUUACUUUGGGCCAUUCGGAAACUGCCUCCAUGGCCUGAGAAAAGCCAGGGUCCAAUUUGCCCUGCCCUCUCCUAUCUCCCUCUCCUUGCUCCCGGCUUCUGGGUGCAGAGUUGAAAUACCUUGUAUGUUCCCUGAAAACCUCCUGCUGGUUCAGCCAGGGUCUGCCAUUGUGACCUGGGAGGCUGGACCACGGAUAAUCGGGUUCUGCCCACCUCCAGUUCCCGCUAUCCCCUCGUUUCCACAAGAUUGAAUCACGCUUUAGAAAUGAAAAGCAGUUGUUAGGAAUCAAGACGGUGACUGUUGGGCCUGAAACAAUGCUGGUGUGAACAGAAACAGGAGGUUUUUCUGUUUAAGAGACUCACAUCCAUAGAUUGCAUCUCGGAUGCUGGGUGGUUGGAUUCCGGGGCUGUGAAUGUGGAUCCAGAGACCCCCUCUCAGGAACUUGCACAUCCGUGGGCAUGGGCACUGGAGAAGGCUGUGGUGUGGGUCUGGAAACCCUUCUCUUCGGAGACUGGGGCAUGGCCCUGGGGAGGGACUGGGGGGGAGGGGGGUCAGAAGUUAGAUUAUGGGGUAGGUGCCCCUGAUUUCCUGUGUUGUCCAAGGGUCAGCUGAACUAGGCAUUUGCCUCCUGCAGCCCCUUCUCAGGUGCCAUUUUCCAAAUCCCUGAAUGCAGCAGAGCCCUGGUGGGUGCUGGAACCCACAGAGUGUGUGAGGUCUGACCCCCACCCCGGUCACUGGGUGUUGAUGCAUCUGUUAAAGGCAUCUGCCAGGAAACCAAAUUCUUUCCUUGGUGCCAGAAAUAACUCCUAGUUUUUCCAUUUCCUAUUUGAAAUAAUUUUUAAAAAUAGAAAUAAAUGAGUCAAAUAUAUUCUCUAUCUAUUGUUCUGAGCCAGGACUGGACAGAUGUGAGAAAUUUAUAUAUGGUUUAUGAAAAUUUCAUUGUUCAGGGAAAUUAUUUCCUUUGUAUCUCAUUUUAAUAUAGAGUUAUUCAAAAAUUACUAUAAAUUUAUUCAAAAUAUAACGAAAUUGCAUUGAUUUGUACACUAUUAUUAAAGUGCCC